GACAGAAAACAAAAUCUUAUAGAAUGUUUUUGUCAAAAAUAAUUAGCGUUGCAAAUGAAAAUCAUCAAUUUAUAUACUAGAGAUUUACUUGUUCUGACUGAAAUUUUAAAAUUCGUAAUAGAUAUUAAAGUUCAUCAACAAUGUUUUCAAAGUUUGACUAUUAAUGAAAAAUGCAAAUAUAACACUUACUGUCAAUGGAAUAUGAAAUAUAUCUGUACGAUUUUUCAAAAACAUUGAUAUGAUUGUAGCAGAGGAUGUAAAAAUUCAUAAAGUUAGAGAUAUUGCGAUUGCUAGAAAAAGAUAUAUCAGUGAUCAAAUUAAUGAAGAAUAUAAAUUCACUGCUUAUCGUGACAGAUGUCAUUACGAGAAAUGUUAAUAUUAUCUAUGCACACCACUCUUGAGAAUGCACCAAUGAUCAAGGCGAAGACAAUCGAACUUGUUGAGGAUAAGAACAAUAUCUCAGUAGAGAAACUUGUUUCUCCAUUACUUUUAGACAUUUUAAAUAAUUUGCCUUUGGUGGAAGCUGAUGUUAAUAUAUUCGAAUCGCCAAGAAAAUUCGAUUAUAGAUAUUUCUGAAGAUGUGUUUUAGAAUCAAGUAUGAUGAAAAUAGGUGAAAGCAUCAUUGACUAUUGGAUAUGGAUUGUUGACAAACGGAGAAAGGGACAACUUAAAACAAUAUCUAAAAUUUACAACAAACAGUGGUUUCGUUUUAUCUUGUGAAAAAAAAACAAAUACAUAACUGGACAUCGAUUUUACAGGAAUUUCAAUUACGUACAGUUUUAAAGAAAUGUACUUUCGAGGAAUCUUGAAUAUUGUUAAAAAAUACUAUUAAAAUUCAGGAAAAUACCAUGAUUAUUAACGUUAAGAGCAAUGAAUUUAAGUGGUUGCAACAAGUACAAACUAUACUUAUCAGGAAUGAAAAAUAGAAUAUCAAUAAUACAAACGGCAUACUUGUUGAAGAAGGCAACUUCUAAUCUGGUCUUCAUUCUAGAAUUCAUUAAUUAUUUACAAAAUCAACCCGACUGAGACGUCUUCUGAGUUGAUUUACUUCAAGAUCUUAAAGUUUUCUUUGACAUUAACACUUUAUUCCUAUAUUUAUAUCAGCUACUUCCACCUCGCGAGUCCAAACUUACUUAUCACGCCAUUAUUAGUCAAUUGUCACGUAGAGACAAGUACGAUAUGCUGAGUUGAAAGGUCAAUUACAAAGAAUUAUUAAAAUGAAGAUCUUGUUAUUUUUCAUUAUGUAUCAUUGAAUUUUAAAGAUGUGAUGUUGUCAAUGAGUAAAAUAGCACCAGACGUAAAAACACAAGACAAAAAAGACUUAGAUAACCUAUUUGGAUUUGAAUACAGCGGAAUCACCAUUAAUAGUCGUCGUAUUAUGGGAGUUAACCGCAAUAGAUGUUUAUCAAAUUUUUGUCAGUUGGACGAAACUUUUUCUUGGACUGUACCUGAAAGUUGGAGUUUAGAGGAUGCAGCAACUUUACUAAAUGCAGAGGCAGAAACUCGCAUUCUCUCGUGCGAUCUCAUCUUCGGUACGAGCGUGACAUGAAUCAAGUUAGCUUUGGGAAACUCCUGAAGAUCGAUGACGUAGCUUAAUCCUAGCCGAUUAGCGUCAGUCUUAUCGAUUACAUUACAAAGAGCGGUACAUACUCCUGGUGUUCUUGAAUAUUUGGCGAUAAACGAUUAAAUGGAUAAUAUAUUUUCUUUGAACAAUAUUUAUUUAAGAUGUUAUUUUCUUCUUACUUGCUUUGCUACGACGUAUGCAGCUCCAGGAGUUUUAGGAUCGUUUGCCGGUAGUAGUUCCGCUGCAUUCAGUAGUGCUUCAGCUAGUGCACAUGCAGGUUCUGUUGCAAGUGCAAUCAGUUCUGCAAAUGCUUUCACUGGUGGUGCUUUUCCUUCGAAAAAUCCUGAUGGAACAUAUGGAUUAACUCACCAGCAAGGCAUUUCUGCUGGGUCUGGAAGCUAUAUAGAACUUGGAAAUAUUAAUCCAGAUUCUAAUAAGUUUGGAUUAUCUCAUCAAGUCUCUGGUACUAAAGGAAGUUACAAUAAUAAGUCUCAAAUACCAUGUUCCGGAUGUCCAAAUAAUAAAGAAAAAUGGGAACUAGAUAACUAUGAUGAUCAAUCUGAAGAAAAGGAAGAAGAAUGGCAAGAAGCGGAACAAGAUGAUUGUGACGAUGGCCAAUACAGACUUGAACAUCAUUAUCACCAUCAUAAAAGUGGAGUAGAUAAGAAACAAGAAGAACAAACCAUGUCAAGCAUACAUAAAAUAGAAAAUACCAAUCAAUAUAAUUACAAUCAAGCUAAUAAUAAAGGUGGAUAUACAACCAGUAGUACCAAAGGACAGGGAAAUCUCAAUGAUAGAACAUACAAUAAUUAUGGUAAUCUUGGAUAUGUUGGAGCAAAUAAUCAAAAUUUAAAUAAUAAUUAUGAUGCUUAUCAACAUAAUACUGGUGCUUUGAAAGAUUCCUUGCAUCCUUCUUCAAGUUGGACUGAUAUAAAUAAAAAGAAAGAUGAAAAUGAAAAUAAAAAUUCAGGCAUUCCUGGAGUUCUAACAUCUACUUCAACUACAGAUAAUAAAUAUGGAAAUACAAAUAAAGAUACAGUUGGUGGUAUAACAUCUAGCCAACCAAAUGUAGGAAACAAACAACAUUCAUAUGAUCAACAAAAUACAGGACAAUGGAAAAAUCACGCUAAUAAAGAUAAUUCACCGAGUGGAGUUGUUGGUAAUGUGAGUGUAGGAUCAGGUUGUACACCUGGAGUCUCUUCUGCUGCUUGUUCAACUGAACCAUCAACUUUGCAAAAAAACAUACCAAUUCCUACGAAAAUAUAUGGAACUGUUGGUAAUGGACCUGGUAAUGUACAUGUAGGAAACAAACCACAUUCAUAUGAUCAACAAAAUACAGGACAAUGGAAAGAUCACGCUGAUAAAGAUAAUUCACCGAGUGGAGUUGUUGGUGAUGUGGGUGUAGGAUCAGGUUGUACACCUGGAGUCUCUUCUGCUGGUUGUUCAAGUGUACCAUCAACUUUGCAAAAAAACACACCUAUUCCUACUCAAAUAUAUGGAACUGUUAGUAGUGGACCUGCCAAUGUACAUGUAGGAAACAAACCACAUUCAUAUGAUCAACAAAAUACAGGACAAUGGAAAGAUCACGCUGAUAAAGAUAAUUCACCGAGUGGAGUUGUUGGUAAUGUGGGUGUAGGAUCAGGUUGUACACCUGGAGUCUCUUCUGCUGGUUGUUCAAGUGUACCAUCAACUUUGCAAAAAAACACACCUAUUCCUACUCAAAUAUAUGGAACUGUUAGUAGUGCACCUGGUAAUGUACAUAUAGGAAACAAACCACAUUCAUAUGAUCAACAAAAUACAGGACAAUGGAAAGAUCACGCUGAUAAAGAUAAUUCACCGAGUGGAGUUGUUGGUAAUGUGGGAGUAGGAUCAGGUUGUACACCAGGAGUUUCUUCUGCUGCUUGUUCAACUAAACCAUCAACUUUGCAAAAAAACACACCUAUUCCUACUCAAAUAUAUGGAACUGUUGGUAGUGGACCUGGUAAUGUACAUGUAGGAAACAAACCACAUUCAUAUGAUCAACAAAAUACAGGACAAUGGAAAGGUCACGCUAAUAAAGAUAAUUCACUGAGUGGAGUUGUUAGUAAUGUGGGUGUAGGAUCAGAUUGUACACCUGGAGUCUCUUCUGCUGGUUGUUCAAGUGUACCAUCAACUUUGCAAAAAAACACACCUAUUCCUACUCAAAUAUAUGGAACUGCUGGUAGUGGACCUGCCAAUGUACAUGUAGGAAACAAACCACAUUCAUAUGAUCAACAAAAUACAGGACAAUGGAAAGAUCACGCUAAUAAAGAUAAUUCACCGAGUGGAGUUGUUAUUAAUGUGGGUGUAGAAUCAGGUUGUACACCUGGAGUCUCUUUUGCUGCUUGUUCAAGUGUACCAUCAACUUUGCAAAAAAACACACCUAUUCCUACUCAAAUACAUGGAACUGUUGGUAGUGGACCUGGUAAUGUACAUAUAGGAAACAAACCACAUUUAUAUGAUCAACAAAAUACAAGACAGUGGAAAGAUUAUGCCAAUAAAGAUAAUUCACCGAGUGGAAUUGCUGGUAAUGUUGGUGUAGGAUCCGGUUGUACACCUGGAGUCUCUUCUGCUGCUUGUUCAACUGAACCAUCAACUUUGCAAAAAAACACACCUAUUCCUACUCAAAUAUAUGGAACUGUUGGUAGUAGACCUGAUAAUGUACAUGUAGGAAACAAACCACAUUCAUAUGAUCACCAAAAUACAGGACAAUGGAAAGAUCACGCUGAUAAAGAUAAUUCACCGAGUGUAGUUGUUGGUAAUGUGGGUGUAGAAUCAGGUUGUACACCUGGAGUCUCUUCUGCUGCUUGUUCAAGUGUACCAUCAACUUUGCAAAAAAACACACCUAUUCCUACUCAAAUAUAUGGAACUGUUAGUAGUGCACCUGGUAAUGUACAUAUAGGAAACAAACCACAUUCAUAUGAUCAACAAAAUACAGGACAAUGGAAAGAUCACGCUGAUAAAGAUAAUUCACCGAGUGGAGUUGUUGGUAAUGUGGGUGUAGAAUCAGGUUGUACACCUGGAGUCUCUUCUGCUGCUUGUUCAAGUGUACCAUCAACUUUGCAAAAAAACACACCUAUUCCUACUCAAAUAUAUGGAACUGUUGGUAGUGGACCUGGUAAUGUACAUGUAGGAAACAAACCACAUUCAUAUGAUCAACAAAAUACAGGACAAUGGAAAGAUCACGCUAAUAAAGAUAAUUCACUGAGUGGAGUUGUUAGUAAUGUGGGUGUAGGAUCAGAUUGUACACCUGGAGUCUCUUCUGCUGGUUGUUCAAGUGUACCAUCAACUUUGCAAAAAAACACACCUAUUCCUACUCAAAUAUAUGGAACUGCUGGUAGUGGACCUGCCAAUGUACAUGUAGGAAACAAACCACAUUCAUAUGAUCAACAAAAUACAGGACAAUGGAAAGAUCACGCUAAUAAAGAUAAUUCACCGAGUGGAGUUGUUAGUAAUGUGGGUGUAGAAUCAGGUUGUACACCUGGAGUCUCUUCUGCUGCUUGUUCAAGUGUACCAUCAACUUUGCAAAAAAACACACCUAUUCCUACUCAAAUAUAUGGAACUGUUGGUAGUGGACCUGGUAAUGUACAUAUAGGAAACAAACCACAUUUAUAUGAUCAACAAAAUACAAGACAGUGGAAAGAUUAUGCCAAUAAUGAUAAUUCACCGAGUGGAAUUGCUGGUAAUGUUGGUGUAGGAUCCGGUUGUACUCCUGGAAUAUCCUUAUCUUCUUGUUCGAGUGAAAUACCAACUGUGCAAAAGAACGUUCCAACUUUUUCUCAAACAUUUGGUACUACCGGUAGUGGAGCUUCUUAUCAAAAUAACAAAAAUACUAACCAACCUAGUGGCUCAAGAAAUUGUGGUACUUCUGGUAGUAGCACAUGCAUAGGUAGCGCAGGAUAUCCCAUAGGAAGUUCUCAAACAACAGUUGGUGCUAUUGGAAAUGGACACAAUGUUCAUGGACAAAGUGGUUCUGGAGAUAAAAAUUCUUAUAAAUGGAAUGGUACAAAUCCUUUCUUACAUGGAGGACAAGGCAAUCUGAAACCAGUUAUACAUACAACUAGUUCACCUAUAUUUAUUACGAAUAGUCUUGAUGCAUUCGAUACAACUUCCAAACCUAUUGGUUUUGGUAAUCCUUUUCUAGAUGGUACUAUAAGUAAUACAUUCGGAACUCAACAUGAUAAACAUAAUGUAGAAGUAACUCCUAUUAAAAGUGAUGCUUUAGAUAAACCUAUUGGUGUGGGAAAUCCAUUUUUAACGAACGGAAAUGGAGGAAGCAAAAGCAGUACUCCAAUUUAUUCUGGUGCAAGUAUAGGAAGCGUUUCAAGUAUCAGCAUUCUACCAUUAGUUACAACAACUAUUAAACCUAUUGGGCAAAAUAAUCCAUUUUUGGAAGUAUCAGGUGGAAAUGUAGUAAACAAAUAUCCUCUUGGAGUACAUCCAAAUGUAGCUGAAAACAACAAAAAUGUAUUCUCUGGAAGUGGAACUUCUGAAGAUAAGGAUUCAAUACAUUUUUCUAAAUCAGGAGUAGGAAUUACAUCUCCUGGAACUUAUUCAAAUACAAAUCGUGGAGUGAAGAGUAGUAAUCAGCAUAACAAAUUUUUUGGAAAUGUUGCAACUAGUAAUGCAGGUUCUUCGAGUACCGGAAACAUUGAUACAGACAAAAGUACUGGACUCAAUAUUCCUAGUGCAUAUAAUAGUAAUAAUACUGGUCAUGGUGUAAGUUCGUUGACAGGAACAGCUGGUAAUAACAAACCUUCUUACACACUUUCAACAUCUCCUGGAUUUUAUGAUUAUAAAAAUAUGUCACCACAAACAAGUGGAAAUGGUGGUGCCACCAAUGACAAUAGAAAUUCUCCCUCCAAUUCUUUGAUUAAUGAAAAUAAUGCAAAUGGUCAAUUUAAUCCUCAAAUAACAAAUGCUGGAGCACAAUCAUUUGCAGGUGCUCAUGCCGGAAGUUUCGCUAGUUCUUUUAGUAGUUCUCAAGCUUCAAGUUCAAGUUCGAGUUUUGCUAGCAGUAAAUCUGGAUCAUAUACAGCUAAUGGAGAUCCGAAUAUUUUACAUCAAUUGAACGGUAAUUGGCCGUUUGACAUUGCUAGAAGUGUGAGUGGAGCCAGUUCUUGGCCAUCCUUAAACGCAGGAUCGCACGCCUCUGCAUUUGCUAGCAGUAGCGUUGGCGGCUGGCCCGGAUCUGAACCGAUCAGUGUAAAAAGUUAAUAAAUUAAAUAUAAAAGCACAAUUCAAAUAUGGAAGAAAAAAAGAAGAAAAACUUUUUAAAAGCAACCAUUAUCGUAUAUAAUUCAAGAUGAUAUUAUCAUUUAAAGCGAAAAUAUUAAGUUAUGAUUGAAAUGAAUAAAGAGCAAAGAUGUGUAACGCUUGAAAAAAUUUCUAAAUAUAUAUCUUUUAAUUAAAUAUAUUAUGUAUAUUUACAUAAUAUAUAAAACGCAAAUUGUGUUUUAUACUUCCCUUUCUUUUUUUCUUUUUUAUUUUCUUUGAUUUUAUUAUCAUGAACUUUAAUAUGAAAAAGUAUGCAGAUCAAAAAGAAACUUUGUUACAAAGAUGAAUGAUAUUCGGUGUAUCAGGAUCACUUAUGUUUAUUCUUACAUUUAGAGAGAUGCUGAAUGGAUUCCAGAAAGAGAAUAAAUAGUAAGCGAAUAUAUUCACGAUUGACUACGAUUGGUCGUUUUCCAUGUGUGUACGGAACACGUGGCAUAUGCAUUUUAACCAAUAAGAAUAUUAAAUAGAGUGAUUGGCGGGAGUUGCAUCGAAGCAAGAUUAUCGAUCAUUUCUACGUUUACAUAAUUUUCAAAAUGUAAUUAUUUUACAAGAACUUACCCGAUUAGAAGAUCAAUGAUCUUUUUCUGUAGAGAACAGCCGAGUAUUAUUAAAAUAUAUACUCUUAAAAUCGUUAAUGUUUUAUAUAAAUGAUUUACGUUAUAAUGAUGAUUAAAUAAAAUUCAUAUUCGUCGAUACUUUAGGCGUUUAAUGGUAUAUUUCACAAAUCGUGUUUUCCUUUUACAUGGGCUGAUUUUCUAACAGAAACAGAAUUUGUAAAAACCUCGGAAAAACGAUGGGUAGAAAUAUAUAAUAUAACACAAUAUUGCAGAGAGCGCAGGCUCUAUUUAUACACAGUGCACUCCUCGUCGGGAACUACCGAUUAAAAACGUUUUUCGAUAAAAUAGAACGUUCUCCUAAAGAGAUUACAUCCGAAACGUUUUUUAGAGUAAUCUCUUUUUUAUUUUUCUUUAUAUUUCGUUAUUUUUUUCUUUUCUUUCGUGCCUCUUUCCUUCCUUGUCUUCUUUUCAUUUUUCUCGUGCUCGACACUUGUCUCCUUCUUUUGUUAUCUACAUUACAACUAUUCAGUACAUAGAAGACAACGUUUGCGCAGCACCUGUAAAUAUACAUAUCUUUAUUUAUUCUUAACGUGUAAACAAUUUGACAAAGUGC